AUGCGAAGGCCAUUUCUGUACAUAUGUCAAAGAACAGAGAUGCGUUUUCAGAAAUUACCCAUGAAACUCAACGAACAAGAAUUGCUAGCUUUCUUCAAACGACAUGAUGUCAACAAAGACAACCGGCUUUCAUGGGAUGAGCUGAAACAAGCUUUUAUUGAUCUUGGUGUGAGUUGGGUAUCCUGGACUACAGAUCGUGCAAUGCUGCAAGCUGAUGAUAAUGAAGAUGGGUAUAUUAGUGAGGGGGAGAUGGAGAAGCUUAUUCAAUUUGCUCUCAAAUGUAAACUUACUAUCAAGUAA